AAGAUAUUUAAUGGACUUUAUUACAAUACUUUUUUAAAUAUAAAUGGGAUUUAUACAAACUUCUAAAACUUUGCUAACUCCUCCCCUAUAUGGAAGCUUUCCAUUAGAUCAUGAUGGAGAAUGCACGUCCUUAAUGAAAGCUUAUUUACAUUGUCUUAAAACAAAUAACUAUGAACAAACACAGUGCAAAAAUAUAGCAAAAGUAUAUUUACAAUGUCGAAUGGACAGAUCGCUAUUUCAGUCAUACGAAAUGCGUGAUUUAGGAUUUGAAAAAUUACAUUCAGAAACACAGAAGAUUGAACAAGUAGAAAAAGAAUAAAAAUGGAAGAUCAAGAAAAUUUGGAAGAAGAACAGUUACUUGAUAAAGAAAUUGUAUUAGUUGAAAUAGAAUCAGAUAGUACUGACUCGGAAAUAAAUUUUGAAAUCAAUGGACAAUAUUAUAAAACGCAAAUAAGUGCAAUUUGUAAAUAAAGAAAAUAAAUAUUGAGGAAAAGUUUUUAAAUAGCA